AUGCACCCUGACAACAAACUGCCCAGCCAUGGCAAGGCAGGCAGCAGCGGUGCCCCGGCCCAGCACCACAAUGUGAGCCAAGCACCCACCUGCAACCUGGGCUCGAAGGGUGUGGGGACGGGCAGUCAUGGCAGCAAGGCCAGUCAGAUCUCCCCUGGCAACUCUGGACUGAAAAACAGCCAGAACACUGUCCCAAACUUGAGCUCCUUGAAGGGCAAGGUGAAACGGGAACGAAGCAUCUCGGUGGACUCUGGAGAACAGCGAGAAUCCAGCACCCCUUCACAGGACGCAGAGUCAAAAGGUGAGGUGGCUCCCCGUAGCAAGCGACGGUGCGUGCUGGAAAGGAAGCAGCCAUACAGUGGGGAUGAAUGGUGCUCUGGGCCAGACAGCGAGGAAGACGACAAGCCCAUCAGCAGCGCACACAAUUGUAAUGUAGCAGAUCCUGCGAUGUCCACAGCCUCACAGCUUGGCCCAGGGUCCAACCCGCUGCCCAGCCUGAACGAGACCACUUCUUCCAGCGUGCCUCAUGGUGCUGCCCCUGGCUUGCGCUCCGAUGCUGCAGCAGGCGGAGGCGGUGGGACAGGAAAGCAGCCUUCACAGUUUGUUUACGUCUUUACAACUCACCUCGCUAACACAGCUGCAGAAGCUGUCCUGCAGGGCCGAGCUGACUCCAUUCUGGCCUAUCAUCAGCAGAACGUCCCACGGGCAAAGCUAGACCAGGUCCCUCCUGUUGCCAACACUCCACAGUCCCAGCCGCCGGCACCUCAAGUUAGUCAACCACAGCCACAGCCUCCCCCAACACAGCCUCCACCUCAGACUAUCAGUCAAACACCUUUGCCUGCACCCAGCAGCCUCCCUCAGGAAGGGACGAGUGAAGAUGUCAGGAGAGACCUGACUCCCAACUCUCUGGGGAACAACAGCAGCAGCAACCAGGCUGGAAGUAACCACCCCAGUACACCCACUGCACCUGCCAGCACCAUGCAGCCUGGGCAAUUGGACUCCGCUGCUACAUCUGGCUCCAGCCUCCUUGCAGAGGGCCCAGGUCCAGGGAUGUCGGGGAACGGGCAGGCAGGCCUGGGCCCCAGGAACCCCAUGAACUCUGCAGUGCUCUCCAAGGAGCAGCUGGAGCACCGGGAGCGCUCUCUGCAGACCCGGCGGGACAUUGAGCGCCUGCUGCUGCGCAGCGGGGAGGCCGAGCCCUUCAUGAAGUCCAACGACGGUGGGACUACCCCUCAACCACAGGCUGCCCCUGCCCCUCCCCCUGUGCCCCCCACCAGCAUGAAGAAGUAUGAAGAACCUCUGCAGUCCAUGAUCUCCCAGACCCAAAGCCUUGGUGGGCCCAAUCUGGAACACGAGGUGCCCCACCACCCUGGCGCUGACAUGGGGCAGCAGAUGAACAUGAUGAUGCAGCGGCUCAACCAGGACAGCCUGACACCAGAGCAAGUGGCCUGGAGGAAGUUGCAGGAAGAGUACUAUGAGGAAAAGCGACGGAAAGAAGAGCAGAUUGGCAUCCAUGGCCGGCCCAUGCAAGAAAUCAUGAUCCCACAGUCGAUGGGCAGCAUGAUGAUGCGUGGGCCCCCGCCACCCUAUCACAGCAAGCCUGGAGAGCAGUGGCCCCCAGGGAUGGGCAACCAGCUGCGGGGGCCCAUAGAUGUGCAGGACCCCAUGCAGUUGCGGGGAGGGCCACCCUUCCCAGGGCCACGGUUCCCUGGGAAUCAAAUGCAGAGAGUCUCUGGCUUCGGAGGGAUGCAGAAUAUGCCCUUGGAUGCCCUUGGGCCCAUGAAUGCCAUGCAGAGGCCAGUCAGACCCAGUAUGGGAUGGAGUGAUGAUAUGCCACCUAUGGGAGGCCCUGGGAAUUUUCCACAAGGUACCCUGCCCUACCCCUCAGGGCAAGGGGACCCUGAAAGGUUCAUGAAUCCCCGUGCCAGGGAGGAGAUCCUGCGGCAUCAGCUGAUGGAGAAACGCCCAGUGGCAAUGCAGAGGCCCAUGGGCAUGUCUGGCAACUCCAUGAGCCAGGGCAUGGAAAUGGAGAGGAUGAUACAGGCUCACAGGCAGAUGGAUCCAUCCAUGUUUGCUGGGCAGAUAACAGGGGACAGCCUGAGCAGCGCCCCAAUGGGAAUGGACUUUGCAGGCACUCGGGGAAUGCUGAGCCCCCCAAUGAGUCAGUCAGGUCUUCGGGACAUGGAUGCACCCAUGGGCCCUGGCAACCUCAACAUGAACAUGAACGUCAACAUGAACAUGAACAUGAACCUCAAUGUCCAGAUGACACCACAGCAGCAGAUGAUGAUGUCACAGAAGAUGAGGGGUCCUGAUAUGAUGGCCCACCAGGGCAUGAGCCCGGAGGAGAUGGCCAGGGCACGGGCUCAGAAUGGCAAUGGCAGUGCAAUACUUGGGGGCCCCCAGAAAAUAAUGAUACCCUCCCAGUUCCCCAACCAAGGACAGCAAGGCUUCUCAAGCACGCAAGGGCCUUAUCCCAACAUGCCCCAGGAGAUGGGCAGCAGCUCGGACAUGUUCAGCCCUGAGCAGGGCACCAUGCCCGUUGGGAGCAUCAGUGGCACCACCAGGCUCAGCCACAUCCCUCUGCCCCCUGCCUCAAAUCCCACUCCCACGCAAGGGGGCAACCUGGCCAACAUGCACCCAGCACCUUCCCGAGGGCUGGGCCGCCGGCCCUCCGACCUCACCAUCAACAUCAGCCAGAUGAACUCCCCCAGCAUGGGCCACCUCAAGUCUCCCACCCUCAGCCAGGUGCAUUCGCCACUGGUCACCUCCCCCUCUGCCAACCUCAAGUCCCCGCAGACACCCUCACAGAUGGUCAGCAUGCCACCUUCAAACCAGUCCGGACCUCUCAAGUCUCCCCAGGUGAUGAACUCCUCACUUAACGUCCGGUCUCCAACUGGUUCUCCGAGCCGCCUGAAGUCCCCUUCUAUGGCCGUUCCUUCCCCUGGUUGGGUGCCAUCUCCCAAAGCCACCAUGCCCAGCCCGGGAGUCAACCAGAGCAAGCAGACCCUCAGCAUGAACUCAUCUGCUUCCAUGGGAGGACUGGAUCAGGGUUCUCUUCCUUCUGGGCCUCGGAGCAGCUCUUCCGCACCAGCCAGUAACACCUCUAGCUCCAUGAAUCCCAACAUGCCUUUUACUUCCUCUCCAGAUCCAUCCCCCUCCCAGAACCCCCUCUCUUUGAUGAUGUCCCAGAUGUCCAAGUAUGCUAUGCCCAGCUCCACACCACUUUACCACAAUGCCAUCAAAACCAUCGCCACCUCUGAUGAUGAGCUGCUGCCAGACCGGCCUAUGCUCCCACCUGGAAGCAUGUCAGGUGUGACAGGGAAUCAGCCGAAUCAACUGCACUUGAACUCGGUGGGGCCUGGAUCCUCUCAGAGCCCCAUGGGAAUGAACCUGCCUGGUCAGCAACCCCUCUCUCAUGAACCACCUCCCACCUCCAUGAUGUCCUCCCCAAACCCUCUGGGCUCCAACAUUCCUAUGCACCCCAGUGCACCAGGGACAGGUGUUCCCCCCCAGAACCCCAUGAUGCUCCCCCCGGGGCCUCAGGACUCGUUGAACCAGCAGUGCGGCCCCGUGCCAAACAGUUCACAGAUGAUUCCUUCCAACCAGCUUGUGUUCCCCCGCAUGCAGCAGCCCCAUAACGCCAUGCCAUCUCCUGCUGGAGGCAUGUCCAUGGCCCCUGGCGGGGGAGGUGGCCCUGGGAUGCAGCAGCAUUACCCGCUGGGGUUGCCCUUGCCACCUGAGGACCUUCCCCCCCAGCAGCCCAGCCAGAUGCCCCCUCAGCAGCACAUGAUGGGCAAGAACAUCCCUCCCCGCAUCGGUGAGCCCUACCCACCUGUGCUCCCUGGGGUAGCAUCGGUGCUGAAUGACCCUGAGCUCAGCGAGGUCAUUCGCCCCACGCCCACGGGUAUCCCUGAGUUUGACCUGUCCAGGAUCAUUCCGUCAGAGAAGCCAAGCAGCACCUUGCAGUAUUUUCCCAAGAGUGACAACCAAGCGCCCAAAUCGCAGCCUUCCAACCUCCACCUCAUGAACCUGCAGAACAUGAUGGCUGACCAGCCCCCGGUGCGGCCAGGUAUGAAUGCGCCCAGCAUCCCUGGGCAGCAGACCAUGCAGCGGGGACUCAGCAUGCCCAUGUGCCACCCCGGACAAGUGCCCAUGCUGGGCAGGACAGGCAUACCACCCCAGCAAGGCAUGAUGGGCAACAGCAUGCACCAGGGCAUGAUGUCUCCGCAGCAGAGCCUGAUGGCCCAGCAGAAUUUCAUGCUGAUGCAGGCCAAGCAGAGGAGCAUGUCUGUGUCAGGAGAGAUGUAUGCUCAGACAGGACACAUGAUGUCACCUCAGGGCUCUCUUAUGGGGCCCCCGCCUCAGCAGAACCUCAUGGUCACACACCAGAUGAGGCAGAGGAGUGUCUCCCUGGACAGCCAGAUGAGUUACAUCCCUGGGCCUGGGAACAUGGCGAACCUGCCCUUCUAA